AUGUCAGACACCGAAUCAGACUAUAGUCGUAGCCCAAGAGCAUUUGAUGGAGAAUCGGCAUCGGAGAGCUCGACCGCAGGGCUUGAUAGUGCCAAUUUCGAGGAGACCGAGGGAGGAGAAGUGCCGGAGGUGUCCACCGAUACGGGGAGCACAUCGAGUGUGGAAGUAGAGGGGGUUGACGACGCCCACCCAUCGACAUCUGGUCGUCGAAUGGAAGAGGCCGAGGCCGAUGUGCCGGUUGCCGAUCCUAGGGAAGGCGUGCGGACGGUGGUCACCGAUCGACAAAGGAUACUGAUGGCGAAGCCAAAGGACCUUGUGUUCGGGGUGGACCACCUAGAGCCGAGCGUCUUGACCGAGGUGGAGGUGGCGAAGAUCCGAGCCUUGUACAACAUUCCGGAAUUGGUAAAGAUGCGGAUCCUAGGGUCGUUGGAAUCGUUGAGCAAUCCGAAGGGAGAGGUGGUCUUCUUCACGGAUGUCUUCAAGCACGGGCUUAGGCUGCCGCUAAGACAUUCAGUACAGAAGAUCCUGGCAGCAAUCGGCUACGCCCCUGGGCAGUUUAAUCCAAAUUUUUGGAUUACACUCUUGGGGACGGUCACGGCCUUCGGCAUAGCUGUCGAACUAUUUGUCGACGGGGCAGAGGGGGCACUUCGUAGUUGCGGUGCCGACCUCGCAGAAGACCUGGCGUCGGCGUCGGGUGUUGGUGUCCGGAGCUUGGGAAUCGGCGCCGGAAGUGAUUGUGGAGAGGCAUAUCCGCACUUCCUUCCAAACAUGUCCUUGAAACGGCCGAUCUCUACGAAGAGGGAGAUAGAAGUGAUCAAGCGCGUUCGGUCAAGAAUAUCUAAGGAGGGUCGUAUGCACAAGGCUCUGCUACAAGAACCUAUUCAAAGCGGGUCUGAUCAGCGAGCUGGAGUACCUCCGAAGGAGGAAGGAAGCGUUCCGGAGCUGUGCUUGCGAUCGGCGUUCGUCAAUGAGAUCCAGAUUGAGGUCGAGCUACUGUUCAUUCUGCUGAGGGUCGUAAGAUGCCGUUCGGCAUGUGGGCGCAUGUACUUCUACCGGUAUGAUAGCUUCGGUACCGAAGGCUAG